GCGGAGAGGAGAGGGAGAGAUCCUAAAUGCGCUUGACAGAACCGCUAAGAUGGCCGAUAUGAUGGAAUCACCGCCGCUAUUCGAUACCAACGAGACCAAAUUGGACGACCUGGAGGACGACGACGAGGAUAUCUUCGCGUCCGCCGUUCAGGACCAGAGUCAAUUGGAGGAUGCUUCGCCUUACAAUGGAGUGUCCAAGAUUCAAGCGGAGCUGCCGAAGCUGUCCUUGCGAGAUGCAGAAGAGAAUUCAUUCUCCUCUAUGUCCAGUCCGGCUCCGGGUCCCCUGAGUCCUCCACUAGGACCGAUGAAUACAGAUAUCGGUGAUCUUCAUGAUGUUCCUAUCAAUGAUAAUGCAGACACACUGUCUACAAGUAUAAUCCAUUCUCGGUCCUUAGAAGAGGUUCCAGCAGACACGUCUGAAGUUUUCUUGAAAAUUACCGUCACUUCUCCUCAGAAGAUAGGUGAUGGAAUGGGCGCCUAUGUUGCGUACAAAGUUGAAACGAGGACGAAUAUGCUCAUCUUUAAGAAGAGAAACUUUAGUGUAAUUAGACGUUUCAGUGAUUUUCUAGGUCUCCAUGACAAAUUGACAGAAAAGUAUCUUAGGAAUGGCAGAAUAAUUCCACCAGCCCCAGAAAAAAGUGUCAUUGGAACGACGAAAAUUAAAAUGUCUGGAGACAAGAGUCAAGAGCAAAAUUCGAGUUCUACUGAAUUUCUUGAACGACGUAGAGCAGCUCUCGAGAGAUACUUGAACAGAACAGCCACACAUCCUGUUCUGAGUAUUGAUCCUGAUUUCAGAGAAUUUUUAGAAGCUAAUAUAGAAUUGCCUAAGGCUACCAAUACAUCUGCAUUGAGUGGCAAAGGAGUGAUGCGACUUUUCAAUAAAGUUGGAGAAACUGUUAACAAGAUAACGUACAAAAUGGAUGAAAGUGAUACGGAGAGUAAGUGGUUCGAGGAGAAAACAUCUCAAAUAGAUUCCCUAGAUAUUCAGUUGCGCGCGUUGCACUCCGCGGUCGACUGCUUAACGAGUCAAAGAAGAGAAUUAGCAAAUUGCACUGGUGCUACGGCAAAAUCGGUCGCCGUCCUCGGUCAUGGUGAACCUGGAGCGUCUCUCGGCAGAGCGUUGGCACAGUUGGCCGAAACUCUAGAAAAGGUCGAGGUCAUCAGGAAGACGCAGAGCAACAGCGAUCUCUAUCAAUUUGGAGAAAUGUUGAGGGAUUAUGUGGCACUGAUUGGUGCAAUUAAAGAUGUCUUUCAUGAGAGAGUGAAGGUCUUUCAAAAUUGGCAGCACGCCCAGUUAAUGCUGAACAAGAAGCGCGAGCAAAAAGCGCGGCUCGAGCAGUCGGGCAGAACGGACAAGACAAGUCAGGCGGCUACCGAGGUCAUAGAAUGGGAGGCGAAGGUGGACAGAGGUCAGGAGGAGUUCGACAACAUCUCGAAAAUGAUAAAGGAGGAGGUGGAGCGUUUCGAACUGGUCAGAGUGCAAGAUUUCAAGAAGCAGCUGAUCGAGUAUCUGGAAUCGAUGCUGCAGCACCAGAAUCAACUCGUCAAGUAUUGGGAGAGCUUCCUGCCGGAGGCACGAGCGGUGGCGUAAAAACACAUUCCUCGCGUUUAAGGCUCCUGGCUCCUCGCCGACCAUGUCAGAUUGUGACGUCAGAAACGAGAGAACACGCUAAAAAUUCUUGCAUAUCAUUUUACCGAAAUAAAAAGAUAUUUCGGUACAACAGCACUUCAAAUGGCUUCAGAGUAAUGGCAUACUCUUAAAAUACCUCGAAAACUAUCAUUUUCCCUUUACAAUCAAUUUGGAAAGUGACUAAUAUAAGACCCAGUCGUUGAUUGUUACGGGAAAAGAAUAGUUUUUGAGGUAUUUUAAAAUCCGAAAUAAUCCCAAGUAGCAAAUAGACGUCCCUUUAACGUUUAAUGACGUCAUUAAAUGUCAAAAUGAUGUCACUUUGACAUUUAAUGACAUUUGAUGUCAAAAUAAUGUAGGUUUGUUACCUGGCAUGUUUCAUUGAAAUAGCUUUUCAUUUAAAAAUGGCAUCUAAGAAUUUUCAAUGUGUGCCUCUGACGUCAUAAUCUGACAUGGUUGCGACGAGCCUUAAAAUAAAAGAGUAAUAUACAUUUUUAAUACGAUAAUAAGGCCGAGACAUCUACCUAACAUAUAAACGAGUAAUUUCUACACCGUUUAUGGAAGUUAAUUAUUCGUUCAGAAUCAGAUGAGCAUAGCGUGUUCUUCUUAACUAAUAAUAAGAGGUUUCUUGAGCUUUGUUGAGAGAAUAUAGUUUAUAUCAGAGAGAAAAAAAGUGGGAGCAUACACGGUGCAUUUACGAUUACGAAGAUACUGUCUCGAUUAAUUUGAGAAUAUUCUCAUUGUACGAACUUAAUUAAAACUCUCAGAUUUUUAUUAUA